UAGAGACGGAGGUUUGAUUUUUGAAUAAAAUGUUCUUUUUGUUAAUUAAUUUAUAAGAUAAGAGUAUUUGUAAAUUCUGCCUAAAAUCUUAACACCUGGAAUAGAUUUUGUAAUUUGUACAUUUCCUAUAGUAUAUUGUUAUUCGUAUCAUGUCGCUUAUAAGUGAUGAACACAAAGUGUAUUGGAAUAAAAUAAACUACGCAUUUCCAAUCUUAAAUGAUACCAUCGUGAGUGACUGCACUGAUUUGGAAUAUAUAGAAGUCCAACAAAUUAUUACAGGAUUAGGAAUUCAAAAUAAAAUCCGUGAUUUAAUUGUCACACAUAUCGAAAAAUAUGUAAGACAGCAGGUGGCACCACAGUUUUGGGCAAAGUUUAGUAAAGUUGAAGAAGAAAUAAAGGGUUUUCAGCUUUUUAAAUCUGCUGUCAAUGAUUUAUAUGAUGCUGUUAAUAAGUUCUCUGGGAUGUUAAGGAGACUGAUAAUAUUAAACAACAGCUGCAGUGAUAACAAAACUAUAUUUGGAGAACGAGAUGUUAUUUCUGGUUUCAUAUUAAUAAUUCGCGCAACUCUACUUUCUCAAUUGCCUGUGGAUUUCAAUAUAAUAAUAUUCCAUUUCUAUAAAUUAUCUUUUAAUGUAUUUGAUAAUGAGUAUGAAUCUCCAGAUAUGAGUGAAGAUGUUAUGUGUUCUGGUUGUUGGAAUGAUUAUUCCGAGUGUAUCUGUUCUUAUGUUGUUAAGGUUUUUUAUGAAACAAAUAGAAAAUUAAUGGAAAUGCAACUACUAGAAAGGUUAACUGGACAAGUUUUAACUAAUUUCAUUCAAGUAAGAGUUGAAUCACAUAUACAGCGGGUUUGUACUGGUACUUUUGAUGUGUCACACAUAGCACACUUAGAAAAUUGGCUUGAGACUACAGUCAUGACUUGGUUAACAAGGAUAUACUGUGGUGGGUCAUCAAAACCACCCCCUGAUAAUAAAAAUAUCCAAAAUGCUAUAUAUAAAUUCAAACAAAAACUUCAUUAUUUCUUGUAUCAUACCUACACAAAAUUAAGGAUUGAUCAACUGUUCAAUAUUAUUAUUGAAUAUCCAGAUUCUCAGCCUGCUAUUGAUGAUUUAAAGCAGUGUAUAGAUAAAACAGAUUUGAGACCAACUCUAUGUAGAGUAUUACAGUCAGCUUUAGAAACAAGAUUAUUGCAUCCAGGUGUAAACACUCCAGACAUCCUUACAGCAUAUGUCGCAACAAUAAGAUCUAUUAGACACUUAGAUCCAUCAGGAGUGAUUCUGGACACUGUUACUAAACCAGUACGUAGUUAUUUAAGGAACAGGGAAGACACAGUCCGAAGUGUUGUCAGUAGUUUAACAGAAGAAGGGUCUGGGAGUGAACUAGCUGAAGAAUUAGCCAAAUUUUCUGCUGAAGUUGAUGAUGAUGGUGAGAAGGAAGAGGCAUGGGACGAGUGGGUACCAGAUCCUGUUGAUGCCGAUCCUAAAGUAAAUGCCUUUAACAGAAAGACUAGUGAUAUAAUUUCAAUGCUUGUCAAUGUUUAUGGAAGUAAAGAGCUGUUUGUAAAUGAGUACAGGACUCUUCUGGCUGAUAGAUUACUAGCACAAGGUGUUAUAAAUACAGAAAAAGAAAUUAGACAUCUUGAAUUAUUAAAGUUACGAUUUGGUGAAUCUCAACUGCACAACUGUGAGGUUAUGUUGAAGGAUAUUUCUGAUUCUAAAAGAAUAAAUGCUUUGAUUCAUCAAGAUCAAACAUUCCAGGAAUUAAAUAAUAAAUUUACUGCAAAUGCCAUGAUAAUGUCUGCUCAAUUCUGGCCACCAUUUAAAGAUGAAAGUUUGGAACUGCCAGAGGAGAUUAAACAACAUUUUGACGCAUAUACAAAGUCUUACGAGGCAUUAAAAGGAAAUAGAACUCUAAAUUGGAAACCACAUCUAGGAAAUGUUAAUAUAGAGAUUGAAAUAGGGGAGAAAAAGUUAGAACUUACUGUUUCACCUUUUAACGCUACGGUGAUAAUGCAUUUUCAAUCAAAACCAGAAUGGUCCCUUGAUGAGCUGCAUCAAGUUAUGAAGGUACCAAUAACGGUCCUCAGAAGAAAGAUCACGUAUUGGCAAUCGCAAGGCAUUAUAUCUGAGAAAGGUACAGAUUUGUAUGUGUUAGUGGAGGGUUCCGAUGCCAAAUCAAAUGUAUCUACUAAUCAGGUGCAAGAAAUGAUUUGUGAAGAUGACGAAUCAGAGAGUGUGAUGGCAUCAGCACAUGACCAAAGAGAGGGUGAGCUGCAAGUGUUUUGGUCAUAUAUUGUGGGAAUGUUGACUAACUUGGAUUGUCUGCCGUUAGAUCGGAUACAUCAGAUGUUGAAGAUGUUUGCUGCAUUAGCUCCUGGCACAGAGUGUAGUGUUCAGGAGCUGAGACAGUUCUUAGAUACUAAAGUCAGAACACAUCAGCUAGUCUUUCAAGGAGGCAUGUAUAAGUUACCAAAAACUUGAGGUCAUGUUAAAAAAUAUGAGCGUAAUCAGAAAUGGCCGCCAAGUUGUAGGUAUCAUGAGUGUCCUCUUUAAAUUUUAUUGGCAAAUUCAAGAUCAAAUAAAAAUAUUUGUACUUAUAGGAAAUCAUGUCUUACGGAUGAUUAGUGCAAGAAAUUGAUCGAACAAUUGGAUAUAGUUCCUUAAAAAACGUUCUAAGCCACAAACUUCACAAUUUAUGGAAUUUGUGUCAAGUUUAAUAAAUAUUAGUGUAUUCCAUACAUGUUGGUUGGGCUACUAAGUCAUGAUGUCAUUUAUAGAGUGACAAUAGGGCUGCCAUUUUUUGUCAGUCUGUUAAUAUGGAUCAUGUGACCAGUUUGUGUUCAUAACUCAAUUACAUGGUUGUGGUUUGGAAUGUUUUGCUGAAAUAAUGUCCAAUUGUCUGAACUAGCUUUUGUGAUAGUGUUAGUAGAAACUAAAUAAAACUAAUUAGUUCAAUUUUGAA